AUGUUUCGGCUACCACUCGAUCUCGGCGAUGGCACUGGAUAUUGGAACUUGACCAACGGAUCUCAGCGGGCAGAACUCAUCAGAGCCGCACAGCUCAUAGUUUUUGAUGAGGCCCCGAUGGCUCACCGGUACAUUUUUGAAAUCAUCGACAGAUCUCUGCGUGACCUCAUGAAUUCACCUGAGCCAUUCGGGAAUAAGAUCUUUAUCUGCUGCGGAGAUUUCCGUCAGAUCGCACCAGUUGUUGCCAAGGCUCGUACUCCGGCCGACAUUGCCUGUGUAUCACUUUGUGCGUCAUCUCUGUGGUCAAGUUUCAAAAUCUUUUCUCUCUCCACUCCUCACCGGACUUCUGGGUCCACUGCCUACUCUGACUUCCUCCUUCAAGUAGGCAAUGGAACAAUUACAUCUGUUCCUUUUAGGGAAGGCCGUGACUCUGUUUCCCUGAUCCCACUGUCCGGUGUAAAAUACGUGACAUCCCUUCCCGACUUGAUCGAGUUUGUGUUCCCUGCUUGUGACCUACAACACACAGACAGAAUUGCUGGCAGGUCCAUUCUUUCAACCAUGAACGCCAAUGUCCAGCAGAUCAACAACACCGUUCUCAACCUGAUGGACGGCGUCGUUCAUGAGUUGAGGAGUGCGGAUUCCGUCGACAAGGAGAACGACGAUGGUAUGGAUGUAGACGUUCACUUGUUGAACCAAGCUACUGGCAAGGGUGUACCAGACCAUGUCCUGCGACUCAAGAUUGGCUCCGUGUGUCUCGUCAUGAGGAACUUGAACAUUGACAGCGGACUCGUAAACGGCACUAAAGUGAUCGUGACUGCAAUAAGACCUCGUCUGAUCACAGUGCGACUCCCUGGACAACAUGAUCCGAUUUGUAUUCCCCGGAUUCAAUUCGUUUUCCCGUUCGUCGAGGGGUCACCGCUUCGUGUCCGCCGUCUUCAGUUUCCUCUCAUGCUGGCAUAUUCCAUGACUGGCCACAAAAGCCAGGGCCAGACGAUUGAUCGCGUCGGAGUCGAUCUUCGCAGUGACUGUUUCACUCAUGGUCAGUUGUACGUCCUGCUCAGUAGAGUCAGGCAUCCAGACCAUAUAGUCGUCCUUGUCCGUCCCGACCGUGUCCAAGGUGGAAUCGCAUACGCGAAGAAUAUCGUGUAUGACGAUCUCCUCCUCUAA